UUUUGUUAGUUAUACUUUUACUAUCAUGUCUAAGAAAACAUUGGCAAACUGAAGAUCAUGAAGGUUUGCCCCUGUGUUUUCUUCUAAGAGUUUUAACUCUUAUAUUCAGGUCAUUGAUCCAUUUUGGGUUAAUUUUUCUGUGUGAUGUAAAGUAACCUGUUUUGUGAAGUCUUUCCUCAGGCUCCUCUCCAUCGAUUUCUAUCUCUGUUUCCAGAUGCAUUUUCACAGUUCUUGAUGCAGGGGAUCUCUGUCCUGGAUCACGUCCUCCAGCUGCUUGUCCCUCUCUCCCCUGUGUGUCACUCUCUAAGACAGAGAUGGGUCUGUUCACUUAUUUAGCCGUCACACAGGGGUUUCUUCCCAUGACGUAAUCCCUGCCUUUCAGGGAUGUAAAUUCUGAAGGAGGAGCCCAGACAUCCACACUCAGAGCUCAGAAUCAGGGGAUGGCCUUUGCAGCUUAGUAAUAGAAAAGAAUGGAAGUAACAGGUAACGGCACCAGGGGGUAAAAUCAAGUUGUAGUUAUGAUAGGUAAUUAGAUACUCAUCAUGGAAAAGACUCGUAUGUAGAAACAUAUAUAUGUUUGAGAGAAGUUCAUGAUUAAAAUAAAAUCUUUUUUUUCCUCAAUAGUAGUGCUUAAAUGGUAGUAACUACUGAAGAUAGUUCAGAGAACAUAAAUAUGUAUAAGCAGAGCAGCCCCACUUCCGACAGUAACUACUGUUAGUAACUCAUAGAUCUUUGAGGAUUUAUAUUCAGAAGAAGUCUUGUAAUUCAGUGGCAGCAACGUUAUCGUUUCCUGCAGAGUGCUUAGAACAGGGACUGCUCUGGCGUCUGGGGGAAGUUUGUUUGUUUUCUCUAAUUUUGAUGACAUGGAUGGCUCUGCAGAGAGAUCACUGAAGCCACCUUCUUGGUCUGUAUACGCGGUUUUCUUCUUUCUCUAGGCUCCAGAACUCUGCUGGAAUUUAAGCAGCCCACUCCUGAGCACCUCACCCAGACAAUGGAAUCAUGCAUAAUUGAGAGCUGUCCUCAGCUGGGAAUUUAGGGGAGUCGGUCAGGGGCAAGUUUGAAUUGCCAGCAAAAUGUUUUAGUUCCUCAGGACCGUCCACUGGCAGAGACUGCCUGGAAGAGCCUUGCCCUGGGGUGCACACAUCUUAUUAGACAGGUCAUCCUCCGGAAGAGGAUUAGAACACAGUUUCCAGACUGUUCCCAGGGGAGUGAGGACCAUGGACACACACGACGGGGGCUGGGCUGGGGCCAGGCUGUUGGCUGGACUCAACCUGUGGCAGCCAGAGAGCUUGGGCCUUGAGGGAAGGACUUUCAAGAUUCAACAAGAUCUAUGAGUUUGAUUAUCAUCUGUGUGGCCAGAACGUCACCAUGGUAAUGACCUCAGUCUCAGGACACUUGCUGGCCCAUGAUUUCCGGAUGCAGUUUCGCAAAUGGCAGAGCUGCAAUCCUCUUGUCCUCUUUGAAGCAGAAAUUGAAAAGUACUGCCCAGAGAAUUUUGUAGACAUCAAGAAAACUCUGGAGCGAGAGGCCCGGCAAUGCCAGGCCCUGGUGAUCUGGACCGACUGUGACAGAGAGGGUGAAAACAUUGGGUUUGAGGUCAUCCACGUGUGCAAGGCCGUGAAGCCCAGCCUGCAGGUGCUGCGAGCCCGUUUCUCUGAGAUCACCGCCCGCGCCGUCCGGACGGCAUGUGAAAACCUCACGGAGCCCGACCAGAGAGUGAGCGACGCCGUGGAUGUGAGACAGGAGUUGGACCUGCGGAUCGGGGCGGCCUUCACCAGGUUCCAGACGCUGCGGCUGCAGAAGAUCUUCCCUGAGGUGCUGGCGGAGCAGCUUAUCAGCUACGGCAGCUGCCAGUUCCCCACCCUGGGGUUCGUGGUGGAGAGGUUCAAAGCCAUUCAGGCGUUUGUGCCAGAAGUCUUCCACAAGAUCCGAGUGACUCAUGACCACAGGGACGGCGUGGUGGAGUUCAGCUGGAAGAGGCAUCGUCUCUUCAACCACACGGCGUGUCUCGUCCUCUACCAGCUGUGCAUGGAGGAUCCCAGGGCGACGGUGGUAGAGGUCAGGUCCAAAGCCAAGAGCAAGUGGAGGCCUCAAGCUUUGGACACUGUGGAGCUGGAGAAGCUGGCAUCUCGGAAGUUGAGGAUAAAUGCUAAAGAAACCAUGAGGAUUGCAGAAAAGCUCUACACCCAAGGGUACAUCAGCUAUCCUCGAACUGAAACGAACAUUUUCCCCAAAGACCUAGACCUGGCGGCACUGGUGGAGCAGCAGAUCCCGGAUCCACGCUGGGGGGCCUUUGCUCGAAACAUUCUAGAGCACGGUGGCCCCACCCCACGCAAUGGAAAUAAGUCUGACCAAGCGCACCCUCCCAUCCACCCCACCAAAUACACUGACAGCCUGCAGGGGGAUGAACAGCGACUGUACGAGCUCAUCGUCCGCCACUUCCUGGCCUGCUGCUCCCAGGAUGCCCAGGGCCAGGAGACCACUGUGGAGAUCGACAUCGCGCAGGAGCGCUUCGUGGCCCAUGGCCUCAUGAUCCUGGCCCGGAACUAUCUGGAUGUGUACCCGUAUGAUCGCUGGAGUGACAAGACCCUCCCUGUCUACGAGGAAGGCACCUACUUUCAGCCCAGCACUGUGGAGAUGGUGGAUGGGGAGACCAGUCCCCCCCAGCUGCUCACCGAGGCUGACCUCAUUGCCCUCAUGGAGAAGCACGGCAUUGGUACGGACGCCACGCACGCCGAGCACAUUGAGACCAUCAAGGCCCGGAUGUAUGUUGGGCUUACACCAGACAAGCGCUUUCUCCCUGGGCACCUGGGCAUGGGGCUCGUGGAAGGCUAUGACUCCAUGGGCUACGAGAUGUCCAAGCCUGACCUGCGGGCCGAGCUGGAGGCUGACCUGAAGCUCAUCUGCGAGGGGAAGAAGGACAAGCUGGUGGUCCUGCAUCAGCAGGUGCAGAAGUACAAGCAGGUGUUCAUCGAAGCCGUGGCCAAAGCCAGGAAGUUGGACGAGGCCUUGUCCCAGUACUUCGGGGCAGCUGCAGAGGUGGCCCCACAGGAAGCCCUGCCGGCUGUGUCCGAGCCCAUCAGGAGGUGUCCGCAGUGCGGCCGGGACAUGGUUCUCAAGACCAGGAAGAGCGGCGGGUUUUACCUCAGUUGCACGGGCUUCCCUGAGUGUCGGUCAGCUGUCUGGUUCCCAGACAGCGUGCUGGAGGCCAGCAGGGAUGCGAGCGUGUGCCCAGUGUGUCAGCCACGCCCUGUUUACAGAUUGAAGUUCAAGUUUAAACGAGGCAGCCUGCCCCCAACCAUGCCCCUGGAAUUUGUCGGCUGCAUCGGCGGGUGUGACGAGACCCUGAGGGAGAUCCUGGCCCUCAGAUUCUCACAGGGCGCCCCCCGAGUCGGCCAGCCCGCCAGCCAGACCUCCGGCUACCUGCAGGCUAACCAGUCCCUGAACAGAAUGGACAGUGGCCAGCAGGGCCAGCCCCAGCCCCCUGUCACCAGGCCCUCGAAGGCUUUGACCAGGACGCUGCCCCCCCCUGCCGUUGAGAGUGAGAGCAACUCGGUGACCUGCAACUGUGGCCGGGAGGCCCUGCUGCUCACCGUCCGGAAGGAGGGGCCCAACCAAGGCCGCCAGUUCUACAAGUGCAGUGGUGGGGGCUGCAGCUUCUUUCUGUGGGCUGACAGCGGCCACCCGGGAGCCGGGCCUCCCUCCUCAGCGUCCAGACCUCCAGGCGGCCCCCUGGGACGCCCACCGGGCUCCGGGACUCUCCUGGGCGGGUCCAGCAGGUCCGGCAGUGGUGGCAGCACUGGCGCGUCCUGCCUGUGUGGCCAGCCGGCUGUCACACGCACCGUGCAGAAGGAGGGGCCCAACCAGGGCCGCCAGUUCCACACAUGUGCCCAGCCCCGUGAGCAGCAGUGUGGCUUCUUCCAGUGGGUGGAUGAGAACGUGGCCCCAGGGACCUUCGGAGGCCCCCUCUGGCCAGGAAGCAGGGGAGGAACCCAGGGGCUGGAGGCCAGAAGCAAAAGGGCUCGGGCCGGCUCCUCAGACACGGGGUCUGCAGCCAAGAAACCCCGGAAGUGCAGCCUUUGCCACCAGCCUGGACAUACCCGUCCCUUCUGUCCUCAGAACAGAUGAGGCAGCAUCAGGCUGAGGGGGCCACCUGACCUUCUUCCCCGCCCUUAUGUCUUAGGAAGCAAGUUGUUUCUCAGGGGCCACCAGCGGCUCUUGGGGUUUGGCCUGUGUGUUGAAUCCAGGCCCAGAUCUCUCUCUCUGCUGAACAGUGGCCCUGUGUGCGGGACCCAGGAACAGCCGUGUCUAUGGCUGAGAAGCCACAGAGGCUGCCUUCUGUGACUCACAGGGGCUGUGCUCUCAGCGCCUUGGUGGAGAUUAGCCCUGUCUGCAAGGGGCUUCCAUCCACAGAUGGCCUGAGAAAGGGUGGGAUGCCAGGGAGAGACUCCUGUUUGGAGGUUGUGUCUGCGGAAGGUUUUUGCCUCUUUAUUAAGAAGCUGCAGCCAGGACACCCCACAGCUCAGGUGCCUCAGUGAAGAAUCCAGCCCCUUGACCCUGGCAGGUGAUGGUGUAGUGUCUGGGGAAGUUUGGCAGGACACUGGGCAGUGUUGACCUCCCUGGCCUCCCCUAACUCCACCACUGUCCUUUGGGGCAGAGAAGAACUGGUACACAUGCUGCUGUUCCGGCCUCCCAAGAACCAUGGAGCUGAGCGGGAGUCGGUGGACUUUGCUCUGCAGCUCAGAUGAUAAGCAGGAGUAAGCUGAGCAUGACUGAGUUGUAUGGCUGGUGAAGCAGCAACCUGUUCUGGGACUCCUGGCCCCAAACACUUCCUUCAGAGCAGCCCUCGCACUGGGACUGGACAGUGGGCUGUGCAGAAUUGCUCCUGGAGCGUCUGGUUGCUGGAUGUUGGUCUUAGCCCAAUGGCCCAGCCCACUCUGUCCCUUUGGUUUUCACCUGGGCUGACCAUCUCACAUGAAGAGCUGCGGCCCCCUCUGCUUCCCUCUCGGCGCCUUGUCUCCUGCGGUGGCCUUCAUGGUCAUGCAUCGGUGCCUUGGGUGUUUUUCUGACUGAGCUAGUCUGCCGUGUUCACUCGUCAUCAGUUGAUGGACACGGGGGUGUUUCCACCAUCUGGCUGUUGGGAGCAUUAUAGCUGUGAACUUCUGUGUGCAAGUUAUUUGAACACCUGUAUUUUUGGGGAUCCACACCUAAGAGGGGUUGCUGGGUCAUUUAAUUCUAUGCACUAAGCUCUCCACAGCAGCUGCACCAUUUUACCUUCUCACCAAAGUUCCCCUUUCUCCACGUCCUUGCUGUCGUGUCCUUGCUCAUAUUGCCAUCCUCGUGGGCCUGAGGUGAUAUCUCGUGGCUUUGACUUGCAUAUUCCCAGUGACCACUGACGUUGGGCAUGCUUUCACCACUCACGUGGCCUUUCAUGUUUCUUUGGAGAAAUGAAAGGUCUUUUCAAGACCUUUGCCUGUUUUUCA